GACGAGAAGCAGACUUGUUUGGGGCUGUUUAGUAUACUUGUGCUCUUCAAACAUGUUAGGGAUUGUAUGUUCUUUGGCUGAACAUUAGUAAUGUAUUUUUAUUUUGUAAGCUUUUUAUACAUUUGUAGCUUCAUCUUCUUCUGGAGAAAAGCAUUUAUGGUGAUGUUCAGUCAUGUAUUUAUCCUUGUUUCUGUUACCUGUUUCAGAAGAGUUUGGUCUGGAUGCAUUUCUAAAAGUGUUCCAAAUCCAGAUGGUCUCUUUUGUGGCUUAUAUUGGCCUCCGUGGUUCUUUGAGCCGAAGACCGGCUUGAAGUGGCCUUGAGGAAUCCUGCUAUGGUCAUCUUCACCUUCUGUCCAUUCUAUCUGGACUGUUUCGGAGGGGAACUAAACUUCAGAUGGAUUGAUAAACUGUUUCUCAUGUGGGAUUGUAAAAGAUUUAAAGCAUGGAAUGGGAACUGGUGAGAUCGAUUGCAGAGGGACUGGUUUUGCUUUCAUUUUCUUUGUUUAUUUGUUAUCCAAACAUGGUGAAUUUGUAUAUAUAGUGGGAACUGGUUGUGGGAAUAUGCUUGGUGGAUGUGUCUCCAAUUGAUUCUAUACACCUUCAAGAUAAAAUAUCAUCUAUUUCAGACUAAAUAUCGGUAAGCAUGUGUAAUUAUUUCCUUUUAGGAAAUGCACCCCCCCUUACUAAUUUGUUAUCGUCAUUCUCUGGUCAGAACAAACCCAGUGAGUGUUACAAGUAUCACAGUUUUAAAGCUGAAGAAAGCAUGUGCUUUCAGUUUGUGUUCAAAGCGAGUACAUAUUCUCAGAAGCCUGUGGAUUACAGACAGACACCAGAGACAGCGACACACAGCCUAACACCAUGAGAGAAGGCUGUCCUUGCUCACCUCCACCCGUCCUGCUUUCUGUGGGUGGUUUGCUCCUUUUCUUGUUGGAUGCUGUGCUGGACGUAUGGGCUGUUGUGUCACUGUUUCAGACGGGGCAGUAUGUUUACAUGGGGCUGUUAAUAGCCCUGCUGUUCUGCUCCUCAAGCCUAGUACAGGUGUUCAGCUGGAUCUGGUAUACAGAUAUCCAGGAGCCAGAAACCUACACACCAACAUCGGAUUUCCAGGAACCGGAAACCAAACAGAAAACCAAAGUAGAGACAUCGAAAUUGGACAGUUGGCAGAGAUGUAUGGCAAAAAAACGUUUAAUAGGACUGCUGCACAUCCUUCAUCUGGGAAUGUUUUUCAGGCUUGCAGUCUCCAUCAGGAAAUCGGUGAAAUCCAAGAAGUUAGAGAAAUCAUCGGAGGAGGAAAUCAAUGAGUAUUUAGAUAAGCUCAUGCUGCAUGAUGUGGGCAUGCUGAAUCUAUUUGAGACGUUUACUGAAAGCGUCCCACAGCUCGUUCUCAUGAUCACCCUCAUCAUGCAGGAGCAGCAGCUACAGCUUUUUACAGGUUGUAAAAUUGCUGGUUCACUCGCCUCAAUCACCUACUGUCUGCUGUCCUACCAUACAAGCAUGCGCAAGCUUAUCUCUAGAAAACAGAAGAUGGGAUGGUCCUCCUCUGCAGUUUUCUUCCUGUGGAACCUGUUCCUGAUUACCCCUCGGGUGCUUGCUGUCGCCCUCUUUGCCUCCAUCCUGCCCUGCUACAUUGCUGCUCACUUCCUGUCCUGGUGGGUGCUGCUGUUUCUCUGGGCCUGGAGGCAGAAGACGGACUUCAUGGAGACUGAAAGAGGUGAACGGCUCUAUCGGGCCACUGUAGGACUCAUCUGGUACUUCAGCUGGUUUAACGUAUUGAAAGGAAAGACAAGAACCACAAACAUCAUCUACCAUGCGUGCAUGGGGGCCGACAUUGGGCUGCUAUUGGGCUUGUGGUUUUGGCAAAGAUCUGUGGAAUCAGCUCGUCUGAAUCCUCUGCCAGUUAAUCCGUAUGUGCUGAUUGUUACAUUGCCUGCACUUUACAUUACUGGACUCCUCUUAAAGCUGCUUUACUACUGGAAGUUCCACCCUCGAUUUAAAGAUGAGACGUCACACGCUGAGCCGCUGACUGAGCUACAAGCUGAGCCACAGAAGAAAAUACCACAUAAAAGAGCUGCAGUACUGAAUGAUUCUGAUUCUGUCUCAUCUGAAGAGUCUGAACCUGCCAAUAGUAAGACAGAUAUGUCGCCUGCAGCACUGGAUGAGCAGAAUUCAGAGGCUGAACAGACAACGAAACCCCAACGAGUCAUCGCUGAUGUCCACAACAGGAUGAAAAACAUGGCUUUUAAUUUCUAAAGACUAAUUUAAAGGUGAUACAUAACAUGUAUGGCUAGUUUCCCUCAUCUAAAUUAAGCUUAAACCCCCUGUGUUUUCUGUCUAAGUAGGUUAUUCUUGCUCAUGUGGGAUCACAGUAUACCCGUCUAAAAUAUGCCCUAUAAAUGAAUUUCCAGUGUGUGGCCUGAAUGGCCGAUGUAUUGUGAUGUAAUCUGGGUGGUCCUAAACUUGGGUACUGUUUGCGUAAGUAUCACCCGUUUGCAUUAGGCUGACGUGGCUCCUUCGUCACAGCCUUCUGGUGUUGGGGUCAGAGGAACUCGCCUAGCAAACGCUAACAACCAAGCGGAGGCUAACCCAGCCAGUACAGCUAAUGUAUCAAACUAGCUCAUCAGUCCUUCUGCCUGCCUGUUAUCCCUUCAUUCAAUCAUCAGGUCAUCAAACCGGCCAUGCUAGCAUUACAUGGACGCACAUUCCACAGUUCACUGCAUGCAUUAUUAUUAUAUUUGUCAUUUGGCAGACGCUCUUAUCCGGAGCGACUUACAAUACAUUUUUACAUGAGUAGGUGAAGAUGUGUUAGGAGUCUUGCCCAAGGACUCUUGUUUGUAUAGUGUAGGGUGUUUACCCAGACAGGGGGUUUGAACCACAGACUACAGGUAGAAGGAAGAGGUGUUACCCACUACGCUAUACCACUAUACACUACUAAUUAUUAGACACUUACUGUUUCAGGCAAAAAAAAAAAAAGGAUUAUUCUCUUGAACAGACACAAUGCUUUGAACUUUAUUUUGUAUCAAAACAAUGUUUAAUAUAGAAAAGAGACAUGUGACUUUGUCAAGGGGGAAAUGCAGAUGUGCAAUUAUUAGGCAACUGCAGAUGCCUUUACAAAUUUAAAUUUUUCUCAGUUUACGAGACAAGUUUAUGGUUAGCAAUAUAAAAUAUAAAAAUAUUAAACCUUUACAACUUUCAUCUUUACAUUAUCAGUUAGGUCCCUUUUUGACCUGCAGAAAAAGUUGCCUAAUAAUUAUGCGCACAUUCAUUUAACGCUGCACUGUGUACGAUUUUUGUUGUUCAAAUUGAACAAAGUAUCAUUACUGAGUGAGGAGAAUCAAAACAGGCUAAAAUAUGGUGAGUGUGCGCUGCUGCAAGUCGCCCUGUAAAGUCAGAGGUGUAUAAAAUAGUCGCCCUGUAAAGUCAGAGGUGUAUAAAAUAGUCGCCCUGUAAAGUCAGAGGUGUCGGGUCAGGAGUUUUUCCACACGACGUACGUCUUUACGAAUUAACGUCACACAGGCUCAUAAAGAAGGUACGGCUCAAUGUUUAAGCCUCGGGUGCAAAAUCAACAUUAUACUGAUGAAGAUGUGAUGACAGUAGUGGAUAAUUCACUCAAAUCCUCUGAAGACGCGUCCUUCACCAAGUUUAAACUGAGUUCUCGUUGAAUUCUUGUUUAAUCACCAAAUUCAUCCACUACAAAAUGUUCUUCCAUGCACGUGCAAUUACACAUUUCCUCCAGAGAGGUCUCCAAAUCCCCAAAUCUUACAUAGUGCAGCUUUGAUGUAUUUCUCACUUUGAGCUACACCCUCUCACAUGAAGCACUUAUAUCCUCUCAAAAAUGUUUCUACACAAUGAUUAUUUAGGUCAAUAUGGUUUGGAAAAAUGUGCCUGGAACAAAUAUAUGAUCGUAAAACCAAAUUACCUAAUAAUAAUGUACACACAUUACAGUAAAUAAGAACCUUUUUUAAGGUGUGGCCAUAUAAGAGCUGGAUAAUGUGUUUAGUGAGUAGACACUGAGCUUUACAGCACCACCUGUAUAUGUAGCACCCAUUUCAUUUCAGUCAGUUUUCACUGCUUCACUCACGCUGCUGUUUAGUUCUGCUUCUGUGCUGUAAGCAGGCUGGGAGUGUUUGACAGUGAUGUCAGUCAAACCUGCUCAUUAUAAUAAUAGGCCACGCCGAAGUUCUCAAAUUGGUCUGAUAAGCAUUUUUUAAGCAGUGUUUUAUUUUCAUUUUUUCCAUUCACACUUUACUGGAUGCUUAACACUAAAUUUUAGCAGCAUACAGAUAUUUUUAAUAUUUUUACACAAAGUUUAUGGAGUUUUGAUAGUAAAAUAAAUGGCAAAUGAGCCAGUCUAAAGAUUAUAUGUAGACUAUAUAAAGGGCUACUUUUUUAACUACAUUCUGGUGCUUCAGGAUCUUUUAGACCUUUUUAUGGUGAUAGAUUUUAUAAAGAUAUAUGAUGAUGGACUUUGUUGUUAUUAGUGUGCAAGUGGGUUUAAACUAUAUUGAUGUCUUUGUAGUUAUUCUAGUAUGAGGCGUUGUGUGUACAGGUAAAAUGUUUGCUUUGUUAAAAACAAUUUGCAUGUAAUCUUUUGAUAAAAGGUCUGAAAAGAUUAAAAGACAUAUUUCUGA